UCUCCUCCAAAUACACCAGAGAAAAAAAACAUAAACAAACAAAAAAUGGCUGGAGAGGAGUUCUUGAAACUGUUCGAGUACAACUGGUCGGAGAGACUGGUCUUCAAGAAAAACAAAGACUCUUUGAAAUUCAAUGAAGAGAAAACGGAAGAUAAAGAAGAUCAAGAUGUGAAGAAUUUUCUUGUAAAGAGGGCUAUGAGUGAUGAGACGAUGAUGAUGAUAACGACGAGUUCUGUUUCAUCAUCAGAUGAUUUCUUCUCAUCUCCUAGAUCGGUCUUAGCCGUUAAAGCAUCGCCGACGAAGCUCCAGACGAUUCUCUCCGGUAAAGAAGUCAACGAGUUCUCAACUGCGGAAAGAGACAGAGUACUUUCUGAAAAGUCAGAGAAGGAAGAACAAAGGAAGAAGAAGCAGAACGAUGUAAGAAGAAGAAGGAGAAGGGGAAAGAGUAUGUCGGAUUUGGAGUUCGAGGAGCUUAAAGGGUUUAUUGAUCUUGGUUUUGUCUUCUCAGAGGAAGACCAAAGAGAUUCGGAGCUUGUCUCGAUUCUUCCUGGAUUGCAAAGGUUAGUGAAGAAAGAUGAUGUAACAGAGGAAGAAGACAUGAGCAACGUAAACAGACCAUAUUUGUCAGAAGCAUGGGAUCAUUGUGGAGGGAGAAAAGGGAAGAGGCAUAUAACGCCGGCGAUAAAGUGGAAAGUUCCAGCUGUGCCUGAGGUGAAAGAAGUUGAGCUGAAAGAUCAUUUGAAACAGUGGGCUCAUGCGGUGGCUUCCACUAUCAGAUGAUGAUAAUAACAAAAAGUUUGUAUUCUCAAUAUGCGUUACUUUGACCAUUGUGUAUCUGUCAAUUUUUGAUUGGUUACUUACUGAAAAUAAAGAUGACAAUUCACAAUUAAA